CAUUUAAAUGGAACAAAACUUUUGAAGUGUGCUGAAAUUUAGGAGGCAAACCUUGAGGAUGAUUAAAGUUGGCAUUGGUGUAGGUAUUCCAACUCCAAUUGGUCUUUUGAUAUCAGGUGAAAUGAAUGAUUUGUGGCCAUGUAGACUGUUGAGGUUUCAUUAAGGCCAUGCGUAUUGAAGCAUUGUCAUUUUUUGGAGCAUUACAUAUUCUGUAUUGUGGUUGAUAAUUUUAGAAUGGUUCCAGUUACGUGAGUGCCGAAAUACCUUCAUAUCAUUGCCCACAUUUACCUGUUCACACUAUUUUAUGCCGUAAUGUGCCUGCCCCAUUCUUUGUUAUAGUCCGGCGUGAAAUAUGUAUGAAACAAUCUUCCCUGAAAUUAACGGCAGGCCAUGCAGGUCACCAAGCAUGUCUCUGCAGGCCUCCCAUGUCUCCUGAAUUCCACUGGUGUUCUUCAUCCUGCCAAGCCUGUUCCGGAACUACCAGUGCACGUUCCUCAUCUUUACUCCCAGUCUCUGCAUCACCAGCUUGAUCAUCCGACGGUGGUUCCAUGGCCACCUACCGGGACGCGAGGCCGAGAAGUUGAUGCUGGAGAAGGGCAAGAACGGCAGCUUCCUGGUGCGGGAGUCGCUGAGCAAGCCUGGCGACUACGUCCUGUCCGUGAGAACUGAUGAUCGGAUCACGCACGUCAUGAUACGCUGUCAGGACGGCAAGUACGACGUGGGCGGCGGCACGCGCUUCGACAGCCUGGCCGAACUGGUGGACAACUACAAGCGGAACCCGAUGGUGGAGACGACCGGCACCGUGGUGCACCUGAAAAUGCCCUUCAACGCCACGCGCAUCAACGCCAGCGGCAUCGACAACCGCGUCAGGGAGCUACAGGUCAAGAAGGAGCACGGACCGACCAACGGCAACAACGCCGGCUUCUGGGAGGAGUUCGAGUCGCUGCAGCAGCAGGAGUGCAAGCACCUGUACUCGCGCAAGGAGGGCCAGCGGCCGGAGAGCCGCAACAAGAACCGAUAUAAGAACAUCUUGCCGUUUGACCACACGCGCGUCAUCCUGCGGGACCGGGACGGGCUGGGACCGGGCGCCGAUUACAUCAACGCAAACUACAUCACGCCGGAGGAGGACACGCUGGCGGGCGAGGGCCCCACCAAGACGUACAUCGCCACCCAGGGCUGUCUGCCCACCACCGUGGCGGACCUCUGGUGGAUGAUCUGGCAGGAGAACUCGCGCGUCAUCGUCAUGACCACCAAGGAGAUCGAGCGCAGCAGGGGCAAGUGCGCGCGGUACUGGCCCGAGGAGGACGAGGAGAAGACGUACGGCAGCGUGACGGUGACCAACCUGUCCGAGUCCACCAACGUCGACUACACACUGCGCGCCUUCUCCGUCAAAAAGAAGGGGGCCAACGAGGAGCGAAAAAUCUAUCAUUACCACUUCACCGCGUGGCCCGACCACGGCGUGCCGUCCGACCCGGGCUGCGUGCUCAACUUCCUGCACGACGUGAACUCGCAGCAGGAGGGCAUCGCCGGCGCCGGCCCCAUCGUCGUGCACUGCUCGGCCGGCAUCGGUCGCACCGGCACCUUCAUCGUGAUCGACAUGAUCCUCAGCCAGAUCGACCGGCAAGGCCUGGACACGGAGAUCGACAUCCAGAGGACCAUCCAGCAGGUGCGCUCCCAGCGCUCGGGAAUGGUGCAGACCGAGGCCCAGUACAAGUUCGUCUACCUGGCCGUGCAGCAUUAUAUUGAGACGCUGCAGCUGAAGCUUCAGGCGGAACAGGUGAGCCAGAAGAUGGGCCGCGAGUACACCAACAUCCGGUACUCGACGGAGUCGGCAGGCGCGCCGACUGACUCGAAGGAGGCCAAGGCGUUGUCGCGCUCCACCAUGUCGCUGCCGACCAGUCCGUCACCUGUGCCGAGCGUGCCGCUCUCGGCGGCGCCCGAGCGGCAUAUGGCCAGCCGUGCCGUCUCCGAAAACCAGCUGACCAGGUCGCCGGAGCUGACCGACUUCCCGCGCCAGAUCUACGCCAACGUGCCGCUGGCGGGCAAGGAGCGCGCCGCGGCGGCGGCCGCCGCCGGGCCGCCGCCGUUCGCCGCGCCCCGGCCGCCCAAGUCCUGAUGGCCGGCCGCCCGUCCGGCUCUCUGUGAUAUCUGCUGACGCUCUCGGCCCCGGCCCCCGGCUCCUCCUCUCCUGUCCUCCCGCGCCGCGGCGGCGGCCUCAUGUCUUUCUAACGGAGCGGCGCGCGGCGGUUUUGUUAGUUCAGUCGGCGUCUGUCGAGUAUUGUCGUUAUUCUGUGAUAUAGUGUCCCGGCAGAGGGUGGCCGUUCGGCCGGCCCCGUUUGAUUUUGUUUGGGCGGCGGUGGCCCGUCUCGGCGGGGUUCGUCAGCCGCUCCUGUGACGUCCGACGGGCGCUCCGUUGGCGUCUCGGCCGCCCUGCCGAUAUCUGCUUGCAGGGCGGUGUGUUCGGUUUUUAAAGGAAUUUCACCUUGCCUGUGGUAGGACAAUCCGGCUCUGCGUUCGAUAAGCCAAAGGAGGUGAAAUGUGUUUGUUGCGCCGUCGCCCGUCUUGCGAGGUAGCCGUGCGCGGCCGUGUCUUCCGGCUGCCCGGGCGGCGCAGAAGACUGCACAACUGCGCUCCCCGCGCGCGCGCGCGUGCGCCUGGUCCAGCGGCAGCCGCAGCCCGGUCCCCUUCCCAUCCCCGUUCCCGUCCCCAUUCCCUC